CUGCUCUAAGAACGUCAAACUACAACACGUGCGGUUUGUUUACCUUUUAAUGGGUUCCUGGUUUUCUGCAUAGUUUCUUUUCUCUUGUUUUGAACUGGAAGUUAAAUCGUGUGAUGCUUGAGUCUCAAGAAUUCUUAGAGUUCGUCAAUAUCUUUUGCCCUUACAAAAAGAUCUGUCAUUGAUAUGUAGCUGUAGAAAAUGAUCUUAGUCCUGUUGUUGUUGCUGUUCUCUCAAGUGACUAGUCAGUUACUCCUAAACAAGAGAGACAUUUCAGUUCCAAUUGGUCGAGAAGUCUACAUACAAACAAAUGAUUUGGUAUUUGAUUUUGGUACAGAUUCAGCAAUAUGCAAAGUUGAAGUCAUUAAUGAUGAGCCCAUGACCCAACGGGUUGGAACAAUCAUUCCUCAGGUGUUUGAUUGUGAGUUUCAACCAAAAACUGUAAAGUAUGUGCAUCAUGGUUCACCUUUGGUAUGGAAUGAUACUGUUAAAUUUAGAGCCAGUAAAUUUUUGAAUCAUGAUACUAUUUCUGAGUAUUUUGAACUGUUUUUUAUGAUCCAAAAUAGCUCAUACGAUGUGAUUCUUCCACUGCGUCCACUGGUGAUUAAAGAGUUUUUCGGCAUCACUCAGGCCAUCGAUGAUUCUGUACUGAAUUUUAACUUCAGUCAAAGGGAAGGAGCUAUGUGUAAAAUUAAAAUGUCACGGCAUUUUAAUCAAAGGCCAUCGCAUGGACAGAUGGUUAUUGGUCAUGAAAAUCAGGCUGUUGAUGUUAUCAAAAGGAGAUGCAACGAAUUCUUACAGUUGGGUCUUCGCUAUCAGCAUUUGAAGCCACCUUCUCCUAACAUAGAUUUCGUGUCGAUAGCUGUCGAAGUGAACGAUCCACUCAUUGAUAAUAUAAUAUCUGAAUGGUAUCAUAUACCUGUAAUUAUAGAACCAGGAUUUCCAAACUUACCACCGAAAGCUUCAUUUUCAGGUAUGUAUUUGAUGGAUGUAGAUCAGUUCAUAGUAACAGCCAUCACCCCAACUGUUUUAUCUGCUACUGACAGUGAAACACCAUCUAACUUGUUAGUCUUCAACAUUACGAAACCUCUUCUGCCCCACCAGGGCACAAUUGUACAUUUGUCGUCUGACCAUUCGAGACCCAUAUCAUCUUUUAAACAGAGUGACCUCAACAAUUUUGACAUCGCCUACAAACCACCUGCCACAGCUUUUAGGGAGCGACAGAUGUAUGAAAUCGGUUUCAUCAUAAGCGAUCCGGACUUUGCCCUGAGCGACCCUUUCACCAUGCACAUAGCUGUUCGCCCUGCCAUCACCACUGCACCAAGGGUAUUCAUGAACACCGGUCUGAUUUUGUUGGAAGGACAGUCCAGACCUCUGAGGAAAUCUAAUCUAGAAGUUGUUGAUGGGGACAAUAUUGAAGAGGUAAAGAUUUUUGUGACAGGUGGACUGCAUCAUGGCCGUCUUGAGGUGAGGGGCAAAACAGCCUAUUCUUUUACCCAAGAUGACAUCUCUUCUGAGUCUGUAGUGUACCACCACGAUGACAGUGAUUCAGUUCGAGAUAGCAUCCACCUGCGUAUAUCUGAUGGCAUCCAAUCUACUCACUUCAAGUUUCCCAUUAUUAUCAUUCCAAAGGAUGACAGCCAUCCAUCUUUAGUCAUCAACACUGGUCUGAAAAUCAGGGGGAAGAAGAGUGAAGUACAGAUUUUGUCAACUCUUCUACGAGGUGCAGAUCAUGACAGUUUAGAUGAUCACAUAAGGUUCAAUGUUACCAAACCUCCAGACUUUGGUAAGAUACUGAAAAAGUUUGCCUGGGUAGAUGAUGGAAAUGAAAUAUCAGAGUUCACUCAGCAAGACAUCAAUAAAGGGCUUGUCUACUACCAUCUAAAUCAAAAAGUGGUGACCAGUGAUUCUUUCGAGAUAGUCUUGUUAGAUACUAAUCGUCCACCAAACAUUUCUCCCCCCUACACUAUUUCAGUGCAGGUGGUGGCUAUUCUCAAUGACUUUCCUCCAAAACAAGAUCCAGCCUCAUCUUUUCAGCUUGAAGUACGAGAGGACGACAAAGUGGGGUUAUUCGGCAGCAGCAACUUGCAUUAUAUGGAUGAUGCAGAUAAAGAGAUCAUCUUCACUAUAACUACUCCUCCUAGGUUCAUUGGUUCAUUUGCUCAUGCUGAUUCUGGAAAAAUAGUUUAUUUGUUUGAUGAUGUAGAAGAUGACUAUAGUAAUCUGUCAGCCAUAGUAUCAUUCACCCAGAAACAUGUAAAUCACAGGAAAGUAGGCUAUGUACCACCAGCAGGUGAAAUAGGCCCCAAUCCUCUCUUCUUACAGUUUAUUUUCUCUGCCACAGACACACAUCAAAACACGGUGAAAGGACAGACCUUCAACAUAACUGUUCUACCAGUAAACAACAAGGCUCCAUAUCUUCGUACCAGUGAGUUGUUUGUGGAGGAAGGGUCCUCUACACUUGUUUCAACCAAUGAGCUUUCUGUCUAUGAUCCUGACACAUUCUCCUCUGACCUCCAAAUCAGCCUCUUCACAGUUCCUCUUCACGGCACUCUGCGAAGAAGUGAUCAACUCCUCAGAGUGGGCGACCUCCUUUCCCUCGAUGAUAUUCUCACCUUAAGGCUCGAGUACAUUCAUGAUGGCUCUGAAAACUUCAAAGACAGAUUUAAAGUGGGCGUGAAUGACGGCCUGCAUUUCAUAUCCAGUGAUGUUAUCGUAACUGUCGAUCCUGUCGAUGAUGAAAAGCCGGUCUUCAGGCUCAGAGAUAUCACCUCUCCUCCCAGAAUGUCUGUCAAUGAAGGUGGAUCUGUUAUUCUCACCUCUGAGGUAUUGCCUGCAUCUGAUGCGGACACAAAAAGUGAAUUGCUGUAUUUCAUUUUGACUGAAAUGCCUCUGUUCGGUUCGAUCACUUUGAAUGGAACUAAAGUUCACCGUUUUACUCAAAAGAGUCUUUUUCGGGGUGAAGUAUCAUACCUUCACAACAAUCAAGAGAUAGGUCCGAAUCCAAAAGAAGACUCUCUAACUGUGAUUGUGACUGAUAAAAUGUUUCCAAGUCCCCACGAUGACAGCCUGAAAAUAUUUGUUACCAUUCUACCUGUCAACUCUCAGUCACCACGACUUCUCUUCAAAAGGACUCUCCUUGUUGAGGAAGGGCAGAAGAUGCUUGUCACGGAGGACAACAUAUUUGCCUCGGACGAGGACACUUUCCUCUCUGAGUUAUUAUUCAUGAUUGUGAAGCAGCCCCAGUAUGGCUAUCUGCAAAAUUCAAGACCUGUUUUGGGCUAUGAAUCUGCUAAAGAAAAUAAAAGAAUAUCUGCAUUUCCCUUGCAAGAUGUAACCAAUGGGUUCAUUUCAUUUGUACAAUUCAACCACAGUGGCAUGGAACCUGAAUCUGAUGAUUUUGAAAUAUGCAUCUCAGAUGGUGCACACAACUCUUCAUCAGUUCUUGUGUAUGUGAGCAUCAUUCUGGUGAAUGAUGAAGUGCCACAUUUCUACUUAUCAAAUAUAACCAUCAAAGAGAAUAAUUAUUUUGUCUUAGAUAAUGAAUCUGUUAUUGCCACAGACAGAGACUAUCCUGGUGAUAUUCUGGUGUUGAGCAUAAAGGAGGAACCAAAGUACGGAUCCCUCACAUACUUUUUACAAGCCAUUAACAAUGGGCCCAUGCUAGAAAUUCCCUUCAAUCACAUGGCUUUUGAGAACUUCGACAAAAUUGUCUAUCGUCAUGACGGUUCGGAAACGAAAGAGGAUUCGUUCGUGCUGUCUCUGAAUGAUGGACUCCAUUCUGUACACCAGACAUGUUUUGUGACAAUAUUGCCCGUUAACGAUCAGCCGCCCUGGUUGAAGCUAAAUACAGGUGCUCAGCAGGUUGAACUAUUUAGCUAUCUUACCCUAAGUGCUUCAAUUUUAUUGGCUGAAGAUGCAGACACUACCCCAAAUGAAAUUUUGUAUAAAAUCACCAAACCACCUGUUCAUGGCUUGAUAGAAAUUCUGAAUACUUCAAUAUGGGAGCCUUUAAGAGAGUUCACUUUUUCUCAAGAAGAUAUCAAUGAGAAACGCAUAAGGUAUCAUCAUCUACAUUAUUCAACUUAUCAAGAUAAUUUCACUUUCUUUCUGACUGAUGGACAAUUCAACUCGACAACCGCAGUAUUCGAAGUGGAGCUCGUCGACAACAGCCAGACACAAUUUUAUGCAUCUGAAUGUUUUGUCGAGCACGGGGGUCAAGUGGUUCUGAACUCUAGUUUGUUUUCUGCUUUUGACAAUGCUUCUAUUCCUGAAGAAAUUCUAUUUUUUGUAGUAACUAAUCCACCGAUGUAUGGAAACUUGACUCUUAACUAUGACGCCGCCACCGUCGUUAAAAACUUCUCUGCAGUGCAUCUCAUGAAUGAUCAGGUGUCCUACAAGCACAACGAAACCCACACAGCUACGAGGGAUUCAUUUUCCGUGUCAGUCUCCAAUGGAGUCAUUGAAAGAUAUCUCACUGUGAACAUCAUCAUCAUCCCACCAUCAGCGAAAGUGAAUCCGCUACCCAUUCUGAAUCACUCAUUGCCUCUUUACUCGAGUCGUCAAAAUACAUCAGUGAUAACAUCUGAACACUUGUUGUCUUCCGAACCAUCCCUUUCCUCAAAUGAAAUAAUCUACUCUAUUGAAGAAUUUCCAAAGAAGGGAUUUCUGAUGUAUGCUGGAAAUAUCUCAAAUCCAAAAAAUUUCACUCAAAGACAUAUCAAUAUGGGGCUGAUAUCUUUCUUGCCUAAUCCAGGAGCGGAAGGAAAUGACCACUUCUAUUUCCAAGUAUUAAGCAACAACAAAGAAGGCUUUAUGUAUGAUGGGCGAAUGAUCUUUGAACCUACUUUGUUCCAAAUAAUUAUAAGUGCCGAGCCUUUCAUUUAUAUUAAAAAUCUAACUCACUUGGAAAAUGUAUGGAAAGAAGAAGUUGGCUUUAAAAUUACCAGCAAUCACCUAAAAGUGACAGAAGCAGUCCACCCUCAAGACAUCCAGUUCCUCGUUCGCAAGCAAUUGGAACAUGCCACUCUAUUUCAUCUAAAAAAAGAAAUGGUCGUGUCAGCAUUUACACAAGAAGAUAUAGUUAAAGGAAUGUUGGUCAUUACCUUGAAGAAGAAUACAACUUUCACACAAGAUGGCUUUACAUUUCAUGUUUAUAUCAAUGAAACUAACAGAACAGAACAAGAAUAUGGGCUUCAUCUGCAUUGGUCUGUCAUUCAUUUUGUCUAUUCUGAGUAUUCAGUCUGUGAAGAUGAAGGAACUUUAAAUAUUGCUCUUCAGAGAAUCGGUCAUUCAAAUACAUCUUCUGUCAAGAUAUUAAUCAAUGAACUCACGGCCAGAGAGAGUCUCGAUUUUGUUUCAAAAAGAGAGGAAAAUACAGUUCAGUUUGAUCCUGGUGUGGCAGAAUCAUUUUGGAAGAUUGUGAUUGUUAGGGAUGAUGACAAGGAAGACCCGGUGGAACGAUUGAAGCUUGUGCUAUCUGAGCCCAAUAAUUGCCUCAUUCUCACUUCUAAUUCAACUCUCAUCAACAUCUAUGAUCUCAACACAGAUUCCUGUUCUAAGAUGCCUUUGAAGAAGAGGAAGGAGUUUAAUUUAAACCUCAAAGAAGAGUGCAAUGAUAACUGUGAUGAAUAUUCUCAGAGUACUCAAAUGGAGGUUUUGUCCGAUAACAUCCCAGACACUACAGUUGUUCCCGAAGCUGAGGAAUGCCCAGAUGAUUGGCAGAAAUUUGGAAAAACGUGCUAUAAAUGGUAUCGUCCAGCAACAUCGUGGGCGAAUGCACAAUCUAUUUGUGAAGAGCAACCACGUGGAAAUCUAGUACGAGUUGAGUCUCAAGAUCAUAACAGAUGGCUAGUGCCAGUAGCCAACAACAGACCAUUUUGGAUCGGUAAUCGUCCUGAAGAUGAGUCAGGUUUCACAAACUGGAAAAAGGGAUCACCUGGAGGAAAACAUCGGUGCGUUCUAGUUCGAGGAUCCGGUAUUUGGAUCAACAAAAAUUGUGAAGCAAACCAGAGUUUCAUUUGUGAACAACCCAUUUAAUGAGAAUGCAUUUUUACAAUUUUAAUGAGUAAAAUUUCGAUUUGAAUAUAAUUUUAUUACUUUCAAAUCAAAUUUUAAACGUUGCACACAAUGAAUCUUUGUGUUUUAAUAAAUAAAUAUAAGUGAGUAGGAUUAUUUAUCAUUGCAAAUGUGACAAACGUCUUUUUCACAGGGACAUUUUCAUACGUUAAUAAAACUAUGAUAUCGUCGGCUACCUUUUUAUUUCGGGUACAGCUCGAAAGAAAAUGGAUACAACUCAAAAUGCAUGUUGAAGAAAAUGUACUCAGCAAAAAAUGCAUCUUUUCAGUUUACAACCCAAAUUUAAUAACUAUACCAGAAACUUCGUGGUUAGGAUGACUAGAUAUAUUACAGAUGUAUUUUUUCAUGCAAUGUCUUCAUAUUCUAAACCAUGAAGUGAAUUUUAAAACUCAAUUUUUACAAUGUAAAUUUACUGUCACUAUUAUAAAGCUAUUACACCCAUGGCAGCCUUGUAAAAACAACUGUUGAUUUUUAAUAUCGUUGCAAAAAAAAAUUCUUAAAAAGAAUAUGUUAAGAGUUUCAGGGAAAUGGAUGACAUUGUAUUACAAAUAUAUUUGAAUCUAUUAGUUUAUUCUUCAAAAAAAGUAUAAUGUUCAUAAGAGAAGUUUCAUAAACAAGAAUCAAAUGUUAUAUCCAUUUUCUUAAACAUUGAUAUAUACCAAUUUUUUUUAACAUCUCAAUUUCAUUGCCAUCAGUUUAACCAUAUGUUUUUGUGCUUUCUGAUUUUCAUUCUCUGCUAAUGCUGUUUAGUUUUGCUUUCAAAAUUCUUCUGGAAAGAUAGUAGUUCGUCCUUAAUCUUUUCACUGUCAUUCUCGUCUUCUAAAUUAUAGGCUAAGAUGUAGAAAAUGAAAGAAGCUGCAUAUUCUCUUUAUGAAUUGGGAUUAAAUUUGUGAAGUAGUCAUGAUUUGUGCAUAAUUUAUAAGCUUAAUUCAAAACCGCAUAGUUCAUCAUGAUUGUGUAUCAAGAUAGGUCAAUUUUAUUUUUU